CUUUAAAUAGCAGUGAAACUCAGGUGCUUAAUUGUUAAAUGUACAAAUAUACAGAGAAACUAGACAAAGUAAAAUCAAAAGAGGAUACAAAUUAACCAUAUGAAUGCUUGGGGCCUCAGCAUUUUGUGGAAAAUGGGCUGUGUGUGCGGGAAGGAAAGCAUUAGAGUUGGUGAGCGGCGAUUCUAUGUGCGGUCAAGACUAGGAGAAGGUGGUUUCAGCUAUGUGGACUUGAUAGAAGAUGUUCAGACUCACAAGCUGUUUGCACUAAAGCGAAUCACAAACCAUUCCAGACAAGAUGAGGAAAUCGCAUUGAAGGAAGUGGAGAUCAUGCGAAUGCUCACUCACCCAAAUGUCAUUCCAUUGGAGGAGACAGAAACCUUGGCUAUUGGUAGAUAUUCAAAGACGGUGGACCUUGUCAGUGAAGUACUCAUUGUGAUGCCAUUUUAUAGGAAAGGAUCUCUUGAAGAUCGGAUGCAGUCCUUGGCAAAGUCAUCCAAAUGCAUGAAAGAAGAGGAUCUGUGGCAGUUUUUUCUGGGGAUCUGUAAGGGCUUACAGGCCAUGCAUAAUCUGAGCCCUCCUUAUGCACACAGGGACGUGAAACCGGCCAAUGUGAUGAUAGCAGAUGAUGAGACCCCAGUGCUAAUGGAUCUGGGGUCAGCCACAAAGGCCAGGGUCCAGAUCAGUAACCAUUCAGAGGCUUUAGCCCUGCAGGACCUGGCUGCUGAGCGGUGCUCCAUGCUGUAUCGCGCACCAGAGCUCUUUAAUGUGGAGAACCACGUCAGCAUUGAUGAGAGGACAGAUAUUUGGUCCUUAGGGUGUGUACUUUACGCCAUGGCGUUUUUGGAGUCUCCCUUCGAGAGUGCUUACCAGCAUGGUGAUAGCAUUGCCCUAGCGGCUGGGGGUGGAAACAUCAAAUUUCCAUCAAACUUCACGUAUUCCAAGUCAGUGGAGGAGAUGAUUUUGUGGUUGAUGACUGUCAAUCUUCUGGAGAGGCCAUUCAUAGGUCAGAUCAUAGAAGGGGUGGAGACAUUACGAGAUAAAACUGAGAAUAGAGUAUAAAAGGUUUGGACAUAUGAGGAUUAAAUUCAGUUCUACCUGUACAACAAUUGCUAUUUUGAUGGUGUGCACAGUCCAGCUGUGCCCUGCUUACACGUUUGUACUUUGAUUUUUUGGUUAAAAAUAUCAUUGCUAUGUCAUACAUAUACAAUAUCUGUUGUUCUUUUGAUGAUAAAGUUUGUUUGAUUGUUCACCUUGUAAUUUGUGUUCCACAUCCAAUUAUUCUGUUCAAAGAUAUAGAUCAUUCUUUAAUGAGGGCAUCAUAUCAGUUAACCUUAUUUGAAAAUAUGGACAUUCCAAAAAAAAAGUGUGUUUCUCAUAAAUGUUUAUUUUAAACAUUUUUCAAAGUUAAAAUUACCUGCCUACACAAGCCGAUUCCUAGCUGUGUAAAAACACAUCUGACAUUCUCCACUGUUACGUU